AUUUCUUUAUGGUCCAUUAAAUUAUUGUGUUACAUUUCUCUUAUGGCUUUAGUUUUUUGGAGAAACUAUCCGCCAGCCAUAAUAGGUACAAGUCUGUUAUUAUAUGGAGAUGGAAUGGCAGAGGUUGUUGGAAAAACAAUAGGAAGAAUAGAAUUGAUUACACCAUGGGGAAAAAAGAAGACACUAGAAGGAUCUUUAGCAGUUUUUAUUUUUGGAGGAAUUGGAGCAUUUGCUAUGUGCUAUUUACUUUUCCAUCAAAUAUAUUUCUUUUACUCGACUCUGUUUGCGUUCGUUGGUAUGUUAGUGGAGUUUUAUUCAUACCCAGAAUAUGAUAAUGUAUUCAUCCCACUUUCUUCAGUUAUACUUGGGUUCUUUUUGUUUUAA